UCCUCCUCACAGGCAGACGAUGAGCACUACAUCCCUCGAGCCGUGCUGCUGGACCUGGAGCCUCGAGUUAUCCACUCCAUCCUGAACUCCCCUUAUGCCAACCUUUACAACCCAGAAAACAUUUACUUGUCUGAGCAUGGAGGGGGAGCUGGGAACAACUGGGCCAGUGGCUUCUCACAGGGAGAAAAAAUCCACGAAGAUAUAUUUGAUAUAAUAGACAGAGAGGCUGAUGGGAGCGACAGCUUGGAAGGCUUUGUGCUUUGCCACUCCAUUGCUGGCGGAACGGGCUCGGGACUGGGCUCGUACCUCCUGGAGAGGCUGAACGACAGGUAUCCCAAGAAGCUGGUGGAGACCUACUCAGUUUUCCCGAACCAGGAUGAGAUGAGCGAUGUUGUGGUCCAACCCUACAACUCCCUGCUGACACUGAAGAGGCUGACACAGAACGCUGACUGCGUGGUGGUUCUGGACAACACGGCCUUGAACCGGAUCGCGACCGACCGGCUGCACAUUCAGAACCCGUCCUUCUCUCAGAUCAACCAGCUGGUCUCCACCAUCAUGUCUGCCAGCACCACCACGCUGCGGUACCCUGGCUACAUGAACAACGACCUCAUCGGGCUCAUUGCCUCGCUCAUCCCCAUGCCCCGGCUGCACUUCCUCAUGACAGGCUACACGCCGCUCACCACCGACCAGUCGGUGGCCAGUGUGAGGAAAACCACAGUCCUGGACGUGAUGAGACGAUUGCUGCAGCCCAAGAACGUGAUGGUGUCCACAGGGCGAGACAGGCAGAACAACAACCGC